UAUAUUACCCCCAACCAAAAAUCAAACCCACCAGGGAAGCUCAACCAAAAUCUCACCUUCCCUUUUGUCUCCAUUUCUCUCCCUUUCUCUUUUGUCUCUGUAAUUCAAGCUCAUCAAUGGAGGUCAAGAAAGAGGAGCAGCCGCAGCAGCAGCAGACGGAGAUCAUUUUCCGGUCGAAACUGCCGGAUAUUUACAUCCCAGAUCAUCUUCCGCUGCACUCGUAUUGCUUUGAGAAUAUAUCGAAGUUCAGCUCAAGGCCUUGUGUGAUCGACGGCGCUAACGGAGAUAUUUAUACAUACGCGGAUGUGGAGCUCACAGCCCGGAGAGUCGGCGCCGGCCUCCACAAGAUGGGGAUCAAGCAAGGCGAAGUGAUAAUGCUUCUGCUGCAGAAUUGUACCGAGUUCGUGUUCGCAUUUCUGGGGGCUUCAUAUAUCGGUGCAACAAGCACGACGGCGAAUCCGUUUUACAUGCCGGCCGAGAUCGAGAAGCAGGCGAAAGCAUCAAAGUGUAGGCUGAUAAUCACCCAGGCUUGCUACUCCGAGAAAGCGAUGAGUUUCGCAGAGGAAAACGACGUGAAGGUCAUGUGCAUCGACACCCCACCGGAGGGUUGCCUGCACUUCUCGGAGCUGACGAACGCCGACGAGGCCGACCUCCCCACCGUGAAAAUCAACCCGGACGAUGUCGUCGCGCUUCCGUACUCAUCCGGCACCACCGGGCUCCCGAAAGGAGUGAUGCUGACCCACAGGGGGCAGGUCACCAGCGUGGCCCAGCAAGUCGACGGCGACAACCCCAACCUGUAUUUCCACAGUGAGGACGUCAUCCUCUGCGUGUUGCCAUUGUUCCACGUCUACUCUCUGAACUCAGUUCUGCUCUGCGGAUUGAGAGUUGGUGCAGCAAUUCUGAUUAUGCAGAAGUUUGAGAUAAUCAAAUUGCUGGAGCUUAUUAAUAAGUAUAAGGUCACAAUUGCACCGUUCGUCCCGCCGAUCGUGUUGGCGAUUGCGAAGAGUCCGGUGGUGGAUGAGUACGACCUUUCCUCCAUCAGAACUGUCAUGUCCGGUGCUGCUCCCAUGGGUAAAGAGCUUGAAGACACUGUCAGAGCCAAGCUCCCUAACGCCAAGCUUGGACAGGGCUACGGGAUGACAGAGGCGGGACCCGUGUUGGCAAUGUGCUUGGCCUUUGCCAAAGAGCCAUUCGAGAUCAAGUCUGGGUCUUGUGGCACAGUGGUCAGAAAUGCUCAAAUGAAGAUCCUCGAUCCCGAUACCGGUGCCUCUCUUCCCCGGAAUCAGCCCGGAGAAAUUUGCAUCCGAGGCCAUCAGAUCAUGAAAGGUUAUCUGAAUGAUCCAGAGGCCACAGAAAGAACCAUAGAUAAAGAAGGAUGGCUGCACACAGGUGACAUCGGAUAUAUUGAUGAUGAUGAUGAGCUUUUCAUUGUUGAUAGGCUAAAAGAGUUGAUCAAAUAUAAGGGAUUUCAAGUCGCACCUGCUGAGCUUGAAGCAAUGUUAAUUGCACAUCCCAAUGUUUCUGAUGCCGCUGUUGUUUCGAUGAAAGAUGAGGCCGCUGGGGAGGUUCCUGUUGCAUUCAUUGUGAGAUCGAAUGGUUCGAAGAUCACUGAGGAUGAGAUCAAGCAAUAUAUCUCAAAGCAGGUCGUGUUCUAUAAAAGGAUUUAUCGAGUUUUCUUCGUAGAGACAAUUCCUAAAGCUCCAUCGGGUAAAAUCCUGCGAAAAGACUUGAGAGCAAGGCUGGCCGUUGGUGUUCCGAAUUAAUCCUUGUGUGAGAGUUUAUAAAUUACCUAAAAUGAGCGUGAGAACCAUGGGCAUACAUGGAGUAAUUUUCUGUUCUUUUCUUUUCUAGUUGGAAAGGAAAGGAAAAAACAUUCAGCUAUGUUUAAAUGAUGUUACUACCUCAUGCCUUUGUAUUGGAUUUAUUGAUAUGUUUCACUUGGGUGGAGAAGGGAAAGAAAUUCUAAGCUUCGUAUGGAAUUGUUUUACUA